AUGGAGACUGCGGAUCAGUAUUUCGACCUCGACGCCGUCAACAGCCACUCCGAAUUGGACGCGACCAUCCGCGCUUUCUUCUCCGACGGCGACGAAAAUCGCCUUCCCGGACUCGUCGAUCCUGUGGCGGACAGAAUCGAGCCCGCUCUUCCCACCACCGACGGCGCCGCCGAGUUCUAUCUCGGCCCUGGACGGUUCCCCGACUCCUGCUUCCUUCCGGUACCUCCUGCACUGGAGGUGUUUCCAGAUCUCAUGGAUCCGCCACUUCCGCCUCCUCUACCGGAGUCUUCCUACAGGGAAAGGAAGGCAGGGAAUGGCUUGUCGCCGCAGAGCAUAGCGGCGCGAGUGCGGCGUAAGCGGAUCAGCGAGAAGACGCGGGGGCUGGGGAAACUGGUCCCCGGCGGGAGCAGGAUGAGCACGGCGGAGAUGUUUCAGGCGGCGUACGAGUACAUCAAGUUCCUGCAGGCGCAGGUCGGACUGCUGGGGCUCAUGGAAUGGAAUGCUCCCAGUAAGGUGGAGCAAAAGGUUCAGGUUCUCAUCGGAUCAACGCCGGUGCAAGAGAAGCUGACGGGGGAGGGACGGUGCGUGGUGUCGAAGGAGGUGGUGGAAGCCAUGAUGGAGGAUGAAGACAUUAAAUCGAAUCCGUUGAUCGCAAGAGAGCUCGACCGUUUCGUUUCAUCGAUCUUUCGGUAG